AUGACACUGGUGCAGGAUACAAAGGAAAGGAGUUAUGUGGCCCCAACCCUGUGCAAUCUCAAAUACAAUGUGCCGAUCCUGAAACCUCUGACGGAGGAGAUGGCACGGGCUGGGCGAAUCUCCAAGCCGAUUCAUCUGAUCAAGACGGCUCUUCACAAAUUCUACGAUAUGCAAAGUGAGGAGAUGCAGGAGACGCCUGAAACGAUGCAGAUGAAGCUUCGGAGGGAGAGGAACAUAAGCAAGACAGCAAAAUCCAUUGUAGCCAUGCUGACAGUGAUCAAACGAAAGUGGACCAAAUGGGAGAUGCCACGCGAGUGUGGACCUGCAUCCAGUGUUGCCACUGGCGACACUGCUGAAAGUGACAUGGACGAUGAUUCGCUCAGAGCGGAUUUGCAUGCACUCUCUCGAGGCUCCACUUUGCCGGAGUCUUGCUUGAUUGCACCCCCGCAGAAGGCCUUGGAAAAGUUCCUGGGGAUUUCAUUGGACCCAGAGUUUUACCGGAACCUGACGGGGAAAGUUGAUUCGCUUCAGGGCUCGGCCGGUGAACUUCCUGCUCCACCUAGUGAAGUUCGUGCUCCACCUAGUGAAGUUCGUGCUCCACCCAGUGAAGUUCGUGCUCCACCUAGUGAAGUUCCUGCCCCACCUAGUGAAGUUCGUGCCCCACAAGAUGAUCUUGGUGCAACUUUGGUGGUUGCUGAUCCUCUCGAACCCCCGGCCGAAGAGUCGUUGCAUGAGGGCACGGUGAUCCCAGACACCCCACAGAAGGCUAGCACUCCCUUGUCACCUGGUGAAAGUCCUGGAGUUGAGAUUCUAUCAGUGAAGCCUGCGGAAGAACCUUCCGAUCUGGGUGCGGUGAAAGCUACAGGAUUGGCUGGUCAACUUGCGGCUAUGGACCCGAGAAAGCUCAAGGAACUCCUGGCUGUGGUGAACAGCAAGUUACGGAUGGUGCCCAAGGGGAUUUCAAACUUCAGUCCGGCGCCGCUUCAUGAUGAUGUUCGUAAGAAGCUCAACUUCGAGGGCUCUUCGGACGGCGAGGGGUCGACAUCAGCCGGCAGCUCCUCUGCUGACCAACUCGAAACGCAGCUUUGGGAGCCUACUCCCGAAGACUCUGUCAAUGCGUGGAUGCAUCAGCACCGCAGUGAAGAUGCAGCCAGGGUUGAGGCAGCCCAGGCUCGAGAGAAGGCCCUGGUGGAAGCCCGUGAGGAACAGAAUCGUGCUGAUGAACUCAAGCAACGAAUGCAAAGACGCGAGCAAUUGAACAUCUCCUUGAGAACUUCGGAACUCGAGGAAGCUGUGGGCAAGCCAGCCACUAAGCUUGAAUUGGUUUGCAACACCUUUGUAGUGGUCACGCGCUCAUCCCAGCUAGCGUUGACUGCGAGAAAGAAAGAUAAAACUGGCCCAGCGGAAGACGUGCCAGUGAAGGAGGCAGCGGAGCCGGAGGACGCCCCAGAUGAUGACAAUCAUGGUGAGGACAUGGCUGCAGAGGCUGUGGGAUCCAGGGGCAAGCCGAAAGCCAAGGUCUUUAAGAAACCAGCGGCGAAGGUGAAGGCCAAAGCCGCGCCAAAGACGAAAGCCAAGGCAAAAGCCAAGGCUGAGUCCAAGCCGAAGGGUGCAGAUGACGACAAGGAUGAGCCCGAGGAAGAUGCUGUGCCCACUGAGACGAGGGGUGUUGCAAAGGUGGGCAGAUUCGUGCGAAAGUCCUCCAAGCGCCGAUUGAUUUGCAAGGGCACGAAGCUUAACAAGAAGAAGAAGAAGAUUGCGGCAGAGUCAGCUCCUACGGAGUACUACGACGAGAAUGAGUGGCCGGAGGAGGAAUGGUCAAAGGAGGAGUGGGACAAAUGGGAACAGGAAGCUGAGGUCGAGGAGGCCGAGGAUGCGGGCGACGAGGACGAGGAGAAAAUCCCCACGUUUGCCCGGCGGUAUUGUGCACAGCGUCCGUUUUUCAAAGCCAAGUUUUUGGGCAUCCGAGAUGCCUUCAAUGCCGGCAUCCGCCCGUUCCUUGUCUCGCCAGGCAAGCACGAGGAUCCCUUCUGGCGCUUUGUGGCCAAGGCCACUAAGGAGAAACCGGUCCAAGAUGCAGAUGAUUGGCUGGGAGCCUUCAUCCUGGCGCUGUUGUGCCUGCUGUUCAACGAACGCUUCAGAUCGAUCGAGGAAUACCUUUUCGUGGAGCACUAUGCGGGUUCAAAACAGAUGACUGGUGUGAUCGAGUCUAUGUACGGCGGGACAGCUGCAUUAGAUAUCGCCUACCACCGCGCAAUGAACAUACUGACUCCAACGGGCUUUGCGACGGAGACUUAG